AUGGAUGAAGAUGAUGUGAGAUACUCUGCGGCAGGUUAUGGCUCCCUGCCCUCGCCGAGCCCAAUUCAGUCCCAGUUCGAUACCCUCUUUGCCGAGUUCGCUCGCUCUCGUCCCCGAGUCUCACCUCCGCGAUCGCCUUCCUCCCUGUCUUCCGCGCCAGUGUCGAGACCGCCGGAGAAGAAGACCAUAGACCUCCGAGCACUGGACUACGUUACGGACUACGACACGAACUUGAUGUGUCCGAUCUGCCAUGUCCCUUUUAUCGAGCCGGUGGUCCUCGAAUGCGAUCACACAUUCUGCGACUCUUGCCUAAAAGAAUAUCGUGAGGGAGUGUCUAGCGGCUCACGCAAUCAAUGUCCUUCGUGCCGUUCCUUUCUCUUGUCAACUUCUCACAAGGCUUCUCGCCUAAUAGUCAACAUGUGCAAUGAUAUCCAGGUCAAGUGUCCCAACGAGGACUGUGAAGAGGUCAUCGCACGAGGUUAUGUCGAACGCCACGCAACGAAAGAGUGCCCACACGAGCGACUUCCGUGCCCAGACCCAGACUGUGGGAAAUUGGUCAAGCGAAAGAACUAUGUGGAGGAACAGUGCAUCCACUCUUCACACAUCGAGUGUGACUGCGGCGCCGUCAUCGAGCUGGGCAAGGGUGAUUGGUUGAGACACAAGGAUGAAGAUUGUCCAAAUACUGGAGUCAAGUGCAAGCAAUGUGGCCAGAGAAUUUCAGCGAGGGACUAUUUGAAUGGCAUUACAGGCCAUGUUUGUGGGGCCGACGAAGACCAGCGCUGUCCCGGCCGAGGAUACGGCUGCACAGAAGAGUUCUACCCCGAUGAUCGGGAUGAACACGUAAAAGCGUGUCCACUGGCACGCAUGGCUCCGUACCUCCAAAAACAGUCACAGUUGCUCAAAUCUCUUCAGGAACAGCUUGCCAUGGUCAAGGUCCGAAACGAGGUGCUCGAGGCUGGGUUUGACAAAAUCAACGAUAUUGUCAACGACCGUGUCCUCCCUCAUAUUGGUCAUUCUGACCAGUCUCAAGCUGGUGAGGCCUCGGACAUUGAGGAAAUUGAACGAGACCACAUUCCGUCGGCCAUAUCUCACCGCGAUCUCCUCAUGCCAGCACAUCUUCGCGCCUUGACACCUUCGCCAGACCCUGAGGCGUCCUCGAUUUCCCAAACACAACAACACCUCCUUGCUUUACACGAGUCCUUGCGCGGGACCGUCUCGAAUCUCGAACAGGACAUUUCAGCCAUGUCCAAUGCACUUGCAGAUCUCGACGCCCGAUCGUCAAUGCAGAUAAUGAACGAGACGUUGAGGAUAAAGGAAGAGCUAGCCCAUACCAACGCUGCCUUAUUCAGUACCAGAUCACAAGUGCAAUGGCUACUGAACCGCGAACGGGUAGGACAACAGCAACAACAGGCCGGGCUAACACGUGGUCGCGCACCGUCGGCCCAACCCCAUCCCUCAAACACAGCGUCAUCGGCGAGGAGUUCGGUAUCUGAAGGCACUGAUGGGUCAGGUCAGGGGUCGAAUCUGGAAAGUCAGCCUUCUGGGAGUGCGAAUCUAGCAACAAGUCCUAGUUUCCGACCUCAGGUGCGAAGGCUCAGCGGCAGUCAAGAAAGAGUCAAAUUGUGA